AGCGACGCCCCUCAUCCCUCAAUCUCGCGUAGAGCUGCUUCGGCGUUUCAAGGUCGGAAAGCAAAUAUUUUAAACGGCUCGGUCUGCUAGUUAGAUCCUGCAUACCUAUCGUUUUUAACGCCCAACUCCCCCGAACUCCCCACGCCCCGAUUCGACCGCUGCUGCCAACCCGCACAUCGCAAUCAUGGCUUCUUACCAGAACGGCGCGGCCCCUCCCCGUGCCAUCGACGUUGACUCCGAUGUUGAAGAGGAGGCUCUCGUCGCCGAUUACAGAGAGCAGGUCCAGUAUGAGGAUGGCGAAGAGCUUAGCCAGACCAACAGCGCGCCCCAGACCGACGAUAUCCAGUCGCGCCUCGUCCUCGCCGCUCAGCCGCUCGACUUCUCCGCUCCUCUCGAGGUCAAGUUCCAGAGCUACGACUCCUACUGCAGCUUGUUCCACUUCAUCCUCAACUCUGAGGGCCCUGUCGACCUCGAGCCCCCUUCAUACUACUGGGCUUGGGACGUUAUCGACGAAUUCAUCUACCAGUUCAACUCUUUCUCUUCUUACCGCCUGCGCAUUGCCCGACAGGCCAACAACGAUGAGGAGCUCCAGAUGCUCAAGGAGAACCCCAACACCUGGGGCUGCUACAGUGUGCUCAACGUUCUCUACUCGUUAAUGCAGCGCUCGCAAAUUACUGAGCAGCUCGCUGCCAUGAAGCGCAACGAGGACCCCGCUGCUGUUGCCGGAGAGUACGGCUCCAAGAACCUCUACCGCAUGUUGGGUUACUUCUCCAUCAUCGGUCUCCUCCGCGUCCACUGCUUGCUCGGUGACUUUGGUCUUGCUCUCAAGACCCUCGAUGACAUUGAGCUCAACAAGAAGGCCAUGUUUGCCCGUGUCAUGGCUGCUCACUUCACCACGUACUACUACGUCGGUUUCUCCUACAUGAUGAUGGGCCGCUAUGCCGAUGCCAUCCGCAUGUUCAGCCACAUCCUCAUCUACGUCUCUCGCACCAAGAACUUCCAGAAGAACGCCCAGUACGACUCCAUCACCAAGAAGAACGAGCAGAUGUACGCCCUCAUCGCCAUCUGCGUUGCCUUCCACCCCACUCGUCUCGACGACACCAUCCACAGCGCCCUCCGCGAGAAGUACGGCGACCAGCUGCUUAAGCUGCAGCGUGGUGGCCCCGAGUCGCUCCCCAUCUUCGAGGAGCUCUUCCGCACCGCCGCCCCCAAGUUCAUCUCGCCCACUCCUCCUGACUUUGAGAACCCCGAGUCCAACGUCGACCCUCUCGAGCACCAUCUCGCCGUCUUCAUGGACGAGGUCAAGACCAACAUGUGGAGCCCCACCAUCAAGUCCUACCUCCGUCUCUACACCACCAUGGAGCUUGGCAAGCUGGCUGGCUUCCUCGAGGUCAAGCCCGAUGAGCUCCUUUCUCUUCUCAUGGUCACCAAGCAGCACAACAAGCAGCUGCGCUGGUCGGAGAACUCUCUACUCGACGGCGACCUUGUCAACCUGAGCGAUCUUGACUACGCCAUUUCCGAGAACAUCAUCCACAUUUCCGAAGCCAAGGUUGGCCGCAAGCUGGUGGACUGGUACCUCCGCAACCUUUCUCGCACUUACAACUAAAGUGUGUCUCUCUGAAAGGAAGUAAUGACGACUUUUAAAACACUACGCUUUGCAUCUUUUUGGUUUGAUAAAUAUGAAUAUGACGGGAUCUUGCAGCCCGCAGCAUGAAAAAAGGAGGAACACUUUUGGUCAGAGGAGGAAAUUUCAAAGCUUCUACGGUACGAAGAAAAGCGGUGGAAGUAUAACGCAGAUGAACCACUUUUCAACGUGGCCAUCAUGUCGUGAAAAAGUUUGGCUGCAUUGGCAUUGGCGUCAAGGAGUUGGGAACGGCCCUUUUUUGCGUCUCAAAGCAGGGGCAAAAUCAACUGGCAAUUUGGAAAAUGGGUAACAAGGACGGCAUAGCAGUGUUGCAUGGUUGGCAUAUUUGCACACUAUGCAACGAGGCAAGCAUAGGAUAUACGCGAUAUUGACAGCGCCCCUGCCGAGCAUGCAGUAAUCAGAUACAAAAAAAGAGACCUUUUUUAU